UUCGAUUAUUUGCCUUGUUGCACAGCGGUGAGUAGGGCCUUGCCUAGGUGAACCGCGUGCGGGUUGAAGAGCAGAAAUGAUUUCAAUUCCAUUUUGACUGCAUGGUUUCUCCAUUUUCCUUUAUGUAAAUAGAAUAGCCUACUUUUGUGUGUGGUGGGCGUGAAAUGUCAUACAGUUCCGACAUGUCUGGAGAGGAGAGAGAUUACGAAGGAGACCUAAAUAGUUUACCGGACGACUCAAAUGUUGUCCAACGUUAUUUAUUACAACUGAGACAGAGGGCACAGAAAGACAUCAUCGACCCGCAGGACAGCUUGAAUUGGUCGGACAGUUUUCUAAUAAAGUUUCUGAGAGCGAGAGACUUUGAUGUUGAGCUGUCACUGAAGUUACUCAUUAAUUACCAGCGUUGGAGGAGAGAGUGCCCAGAGAUCAGUGCCAACCUGCACCCGUCCUCUGUCUUGGGACUCCUCCAGAAUAACUACCAUGGAGUGCUGAGGGACCGGGACCACAGCGGCAGCAGAGUGCUCAUCUAUAGGAUAGGCCAGUGGAACCCUAAAGACUUCACAGCUUACGAGGUGUUCCGUGUUAGUCUGAUCACAUCGGAGCUGAUCGUCCAGGAGACAGAGACCCAGAGGAAUGGACUGAAGGCCAUCUUCGACAUGCAGGGAUGGUGCUUCGCUCAUGCCCUACAGAUCAACCCCUCCCUGGCAAAGAGGAUCUCCUCUGUGCUCACGGACUCGUUUCCUCUGAAGGUGCGAGGGAUCCAUCUGAUCAAUGAGCCCAUAUUCUUCAGACCCGUCUUCGCCAUGAUCCGUCCAUUCCUGCCUGAUAAGAUCAAACAACGGAUCCACAUGCACGGCAGCACCUUCGAAGAGACUCUGAGUGACUUCUUCUCCGAAGACAUUCUCCCCCAGGAGUACGGGGGCAGCGGCCCCUCCAUGGAGGAGGUGUGUCAGGAGUGGACCUCCCACAUCCUGCAGUCUGAGGAACGCCUCACCCAGCUCUCCAUCUACCCUGCAGGAGAUGAGGUCAUCCCUGACCCGGAGCCAGAACCUGACCCUGACAGCCAGUCCGCCUACAGCUCCUGACUCCACUUGGACUACACAUCCCAGAGUGUAUCUCAACGACCAACCAACAACCACACAACUCGUAGCAUCCUUCUGCAGUGGUUGGGGUGCACAACUUCAGCCCUCGAGCUCCAAGAUGAUAUGCUAGUUUCAAGUUUACUACCAGUUUCCUGGUUAUUAAUUUUGUCAGAUGUCGAUGAAAAGAUAGAAUGAUGAUGAGGGAUGAUGGUAGGACCAAGUGCUCAAAAGAGUUGAGUACAUUGUGUUUAAUGAAUAACACUUUGGAAUUAGACCUAGACUACCUAGAUCUCCUGUUUUAUGGGUUUUUAAAAAGUGUAUUAGCGGUACUCAGCCAACUGUCUGUUACCAUAAUGUGUUAUAACUAAGACCAAGGUUAAAGAUGUACGUUUUAGCUAUUUGUUCAAUUUUAUGAAUGUCUACUGUAUUAGUUACUUGUAUUUUUAUAUGAUUGGUGUUUUAAUUACGAAGAUUAAAGGGCAACUCCACCACU